UCUACAGAAGCUUUGGAGUUCAUGAAACGGGACCUGGCUGAGUUCACUCAAGUAGUGCAGCAUGACACAGCCUGCACUAUCGCUGCUACGGCCAGUGUGGUCAAGGACAAGCUGGCAAGAACAGAAGGUUCCUCAGGUGCCACUGAAAAGGUGAGAAAAGGGCUCUCCGACAUCCUGGGUGUCAUCUCUGACACGUUUGCUCCCUCGCCGGAUAAGACCAUUGACUGCGAUGUCAUAACACUGAUGGCAACACCCACAGGUACCACAGAGCCCUAUGACAGCGCCAAGGCUCGCCUCUACAGCCUCCAGUCAGAUCCAGCCACGUACUGCAAUGAACCUGAUGGCCCUGCUGAGCUCCUUGAGGCCUGGCUCGCUCAGUUUAACCUAGAGGAGAAGAAAGGGGAGAUUGCAGAGCUGCUGGCAACCAGCCCUUCCAUCCGGUCUCUCUACACCAAAAUGGUCCCGGUGGCUGUUUCCCAUUCUGAAUUUUGGCAGCGCUACUUCUAUAAAGUGCAUCGCCUGGAGCAGGAUGAAGCUCGGAGGGAGGCUCUGAAGCAGCGAGCGGAGCAGAGCAUUCACCAAGAGGAGCCAGGCUGGGAAGAGGAUGAAGAGGAGUUCUUGGGGAUGUCACCCCUGCCUUGUGCAAACGUGAAAUUUCCAGAAGCAGCAGAGCAAGAAUCUGCCCCUGCAGCCCUGGAGAGAAGCCACCCCAUUGCUCACAAGGGACCCUCAGAGGAAAGCUGGGCCGUCCUCCCUCCGGAGCCAGCCCCAGCAGAGGGGAGCCCCUCUGAGAGCAGUGAGAGCAUCUCCCUUGUGACUCAGAUUGCAAACCCUGCCUCUGUGCCUGCUGCGCAGCUACAGACUGGAGCACAACCAGCUGGGGAUGGAGACCUCUCCCAGAGGCUGCUGGAGGCCACCUCAGAAGAGCAGAGCUCCGUGCCAAAGCCCCCCAAACCUGCUCAUCCUUCUGCAUCUGCCCGGGAGUCAGCAGCAUCCUCAGAGCAACUGGCUGUUACAGAGCUCAAAGAGGUGGAGAGCAAAGCCCAGGGCAGGACAGAGACUCUGAAAGAGGAAGGACCAACAGAUCUACGAGUCUUUGAGCUGAACUCGGAUAGUGGGAAAUCCACUCCUUCCAACAAUGGCAAGAAAGGCUCCAGCACCGAUAUCAGUGAGGACUGGGAAAAGGACUUUGAUCUGGACAUGACUGAAGAGGAGGUGCAGCUGGCGCUCUCGAAGGUGGAAGUGUCUGGGGAGCUGGAAGAUGAAGAGUGGGAAGACUGGGAGUAAAGCGGCUGCUUCCAGUGUGUGUCACAGGCUCAUUUCCACCAUCGAAUGUGAAUUAAAUCACAGACUGGCUGUUCCUUUGUGUGUAACUGUGCUGGGGAUUGCAGUUCCAGGCUGGGGGAGGUUCAUUUCUGCUAAAUCCUGUGGGCAACUCAAGUCACCGCUUCAGACCUGGAGGAGGAGGAGGAGGAAGCAGGAGUCCACUUGUAUACUUAGCUGCUAGGGAG